AUAUUAUUUGAUAACAUGUCACCUUUAGUGAGUGUUAGUGUGUGUAAUAGUGAGUGUGGUUGGAGCAGUGAUACGUGGCGCUGGGGAGGGAGAACGGGUGGCUGGCUGGCUGGCUACAUUGUUUUGGUCAACACUGGUCAGUCUUGCCCCACACGCUCUUUUAACCAGUGUUUCCGUAUUCCCGGCAGUUUUUCCCUGUACCGAGCACCGCCAAGCAGCACCAGAGAGGCACGAAUAUCAUCAGCGAAUGCUGAAGAUAACGGUACCGCAGACCAGACGUGGUGGUUGAAAGGUCUGGGAACACAACGACAGGCUCUGUGCUGCGAAAUAUCCGUCGGCAACAUGUCUGUCCAGAUUCACGAGUUUAAUGUUGAGAUGACAUGUGAGGGCUGCUCUGGUGCUGCCAAGAGGGUACUUGGUAAACUUGGAGAUAAAGUUUCAAAUGUUGACAUUGACCUUGGGAACAAGAAAGUGAUUGUCACCAGUGCCUUGACGCCUGAAGAGCUGACAGAGACCCUCAAGAAGACAGGGAAGGAAGUCACAUAUGUAGGAUCAAAGAGCACUUAAUCUUUUAUUUACUGUUCUUAGAUAAUUUUAUAUUUUUGUCUCUCUAUUCUUUAAAUUGUACUAUGUUGGAAGUCACAUAUGUUGGAUCAAAGAGCACUAAAUCUUUUAUUUACUGUUCUUAGAUAAUUUGAUAUUUUUUGUCUCUCUAUUCUUUAAAUUGUACUGUGUUGGACCAUGAGAUAUAACCUUCUCUGUCAACCUCUUCAUUUUCAAACCUAUGAUGGAUAAUUCUGAUUCAGUCUAACUAAUUACUUGCAUUAGUAAUUAUUUGUUUUAAUGAGCUUUAAAAGUUUUAAUGGAGUAGGGAGGAUGGGCAAGCACAAAGUUAAGUUAGGGUAUAGUCUUAACAGUUUUGAAGAUGGUGUGAGUCUUGUUUGGGGAUGAUAAGAAACACCAUGUGACCCUUUUUGGUAUUCUUGACAAGAUUAUGAUGUUUCGGAUAGUUGUACGUACUUUCAUUGACAUGGUAGACAUGAAAAGAAGCACCACAAAGCAUUGCCCUUAACAAGCAGCAGCCAAGCACCAAUAUCAAAAAUAUAUUUACAGAAUGCAGUUGAAAGUUGUAAUGUUAUGAACAUUUGAUAAUGAAAACAGUUAUAUGAAAACUUAAUCUUGUAAAAAUGAACAUGGCUAUUGCAUGGACACGCAGAAUUAUAACCUGAUGUUUUAAUGAAAUUAUUAGAUUGAACAAAAAAUAAAGACAGCAUUCAAAUAAUUGGUCACCAAUAAAUGGAAGGCAGCUGCAUUUUCUGUUUUAGAUUUAAAGUUACUUGUAAUCACCUUUUGAAUUCAAUAAAUAAAACUGAUUUAUUAUUC